UAAAAAGACGACAACGUGUCACAUGACUAAAUGACCCGGAAAUACUCCGUCAGCGAUGUGAACGGGAGGAGGCUGCAGUGAGGAUGUAAUAAAGAACGUGCAUUUUGUUGUUGUCGCUGUCGUUGUUUUGACCCCCAGAGUCUGAAGGGUUGACCUCGUUGCUCCGAGCCGUCGAUCCGACGACGACCCCAUUUCCCAUUAGCAUUCAUGGACAAAGAGAGAAGCGACGUUCGGGCUCAGUGCUCCUGGAUGGAGGUGCAUCAGUUCAUCGGUGACCUCAUCACAUCUGGAAACGCCUUGCAGGAUCAGCCAGAUGUGCUGAACGCAGCGUGGGGCGUGGCUGGCGGAGGCGUCGAGGCUCUGCGGUUCAAAGGUGCUUCGUUUGAACCUCUGCAGCAACUGCGACCCGGCCGGGACAAGUCGGAGGCAGAGCCCGGUCGCCAGAUCCAGCCCGGGCCGUCCCAGAGGAAAGGAGACAAGAGAGGAGAUGUGCAUAAUGCCUGCGCCUGUCCCGGCUGCCCUUCCGCCACUUCUUCACCUUCCUUUGAGACUUUAAAAGCGAGGCACGCUUUGCCCGCGCCCUCUUACUCGGCCGCGUCGUGCCACCCCAAAGACCUGAGCAGUACCGCCGCGCCCGUGAGCCUCAACAUGUGCUUACCAGACACCGCUGAGCCGAGCAGCACCACAUCGGAGCUGGAGACCAGGGCGCCCGGCCGGCCGCAGAGGGAGGACGACAACAGGGGGCCUCCCGAUCAGACGCCUCCUCCCAGAGGCUCCCCGGGCCCUUUCUCCCACCUCUCCAUGUUUCCCUGCCUGUGUUGCCAUCGCAGCCUCCAGACCUGCACCCAGAUCCUGAGCGACCAGGAGGGCGCAGACUCCCUGUUCUCUCACAGCCACGGCCAUCAUCCUUUUCAUCACCACCACUGCCCCAUCGCCUCGUGUUUACCCUGCCCUCAGCUGGGCCGCUCUCACGCCCCACAGUUCUCUGGCCCUAUGCCCUGCUUGCCCUGCCAGGGCUCCUUUCCGACCUGCGCUCAGGUGUGCCACCACCAGCACCGACAGACACACACUCGGCAACAGGCGGAACGAGGCAGGGCGGCUUCGGCCGCGUUGUCCCUUCACCCCUGUAUGCACUGCUCUGCAUCUUUCUCCAGACCGUCCCAGUUGCUGCAGCACCAGCGCGCUGAGCACGCCCAGAAACCCCCCGGCUUCCUCUGCACGGAGUGCGGCAGGGCCUUCAACUCGCACAGCAACCUCCGCAUCCACCUCAACGUGCACACCGGGGCCCGGCCCUACACCUGCUCCGACUGCGGGAAGAGUUUUAGCCAGUCGGGGGCUCUGAAGAUCCACCGGCGGAUUCACACGGGGGAAAGGCCAUAUUCCUGUGGAUUUUGCAGCAGGGGGUUCCCCCAUCUGGCGGGGGUCCGGGCCCACCAGAGGACCCACACAGGAGAGAAGCCCUACUGCUGUAACCAGUGUGGGAAAUGCUUCACCCAGUCGGGGGCGCUUAAGAUUCAUACGCGCAUCCACACGGGAGAGAGGCCCUUCGUCUGCAGCUAUUGUGAGAAAAGCUUCUCCAACCGCUCCGGGAUCCGCUUCCACUACCGCACGGUCCACGGACUGGCCCGCGAACAUGCCAGAGACGCUGGAGCGGCCGGACGCAGCUGUCCACCUGGGCGUCCCAGGACUUUCCCCCCAGCUGUCGCCGGGCUAAGUACACCGCACGGUUCGGGAGGCAACUCGCACGCGGCCCCAAAGUCCGGAGAGCCUCCGGCGCCGGCCGCUGCUCGUGAGGGCAAACCUCCGUCAGGGGGAGGACACCGGGAGAGGCUUCUGUAUGCUUGUGAAGACUGCGGCCUGCGCUUUAAGGACGCGCCGUCCAGAAACCGGCACCAGACUCUGAUGCACUACUCGACCGAGGGGAGGGAGGAGGAGGAGGAGGGGGAGGAGGGGGAGGGAGGACAGAGGAAAGAGUUAAGCCCAAACAAGAGGGUCCACGACAACAGUGGGGAGUGAAUUCAAGAGAGAGACUAGAGGAAUUCAAAACGCAAAUGUGGAAAUGCAACUUGUAUUUAAUUUGAUGUUGAUUUUGGCGCCCAGUGUGGACAAGUGUUUCCUAGUUCAAGAACCGCUUCAUAAAACCCCUAAUUUUACUGGGGUUCUGCCCCGCUCAGUCCUGGGUCCAGUAUCCCUUCCCUCAGCGAUACGGACCGGGCCUCCAGCAGCGAGGAGAAGAUGAUGACGGAAGGGAUGCUUUGUUUUGUCGGAGGCCUCAUUGUGGUCUGAGUUUCUGGUGAACCCUGCAUGUUUUCAUCUGAUUUAAUGGUAUUUAUAACUAUAUCUCACUGACGCUCUUGUUUACUUGUGUAUAUGUGGGUCAUAUAAAGGCCUCGGUAUUGUUUCAAAACAUAACAUACAUAACAAUUUCUAGCUUGAUAUAAGUUCAUACAAACAUACUAAUUAUAUUUGUAAGGUGUUAACUUUUUGCAAAUCACCACGGCUACAGGCUACUUUAAAAAACAAAAGUAACACCUUGCUGCUGCGAUCACGCACUCGGCCAACUUGUAAAGUAUUUUUCCGAACACAGUUGUUUAAUUGUGCCUUAUUUAAAAGGUUGUAAAAACAUUUCUAGAAAGUUUUAUUACAAUUUAAAUGUUAUGGGGAAUAACAUUUGCAGAUAUAAUGGCAGACGACCACUGUCACCUGAUCGUUAUAAUAUAUAAAAACCUUGUAAUAGGUCUCCACAACCGCAAUGACAUUUCAGUUUAGUUGAAUCUGUGGUAAUUACAUUUUUUUAUCUCCAGUAUUUUCCAUACAAGAAAUUUUUGAAAAUCUUAACUUCGAGAAUACAGAGUUAAGUGAGAUGUUGUUGCUGUGGCAAACGUUUAACGAAUAAUGAGGCCACAUUGUUUUUAAUGAUGAAAUCAUAAUCAUGACUCCUCCUUGCCUGUUGUGCCUUCUGUGUUAUACUCAAAUACAAUAAUUUAUGUAAAAACAAUGUUUAUUUGUUACUAUGAAUGUUAUAAAUGGAUGAAGACUAUAGGUGACAACCAGCAGACAGUAAUUAUACAAUACAUUACUGUUUAAAGCCCAAGAGAGCCACCUAGUGGUUAUACAAAGUCAUAGCAACAAUCUGAAACUUGUUACAGUGUACCAUUUAUAUAUCUUUUAGUUUUAACAAAACAUGUUAAAAUAUACAUUGUGAAUACAAUGCUCUGUGAGGACAUGUAACUUAUUUAAUCCACUUUUUACAUUAACCUGCAGUGUAUUUAACACACUGCAUACAUUGCUUUAUGUAUUUUCUGAAAGUGCAGCUUGUGAUUAAACAUUUUAAUAAACAUGAGGGGCAACCUG